AUGGAGAAAGGGAAGCUUGGUCCGGAUGAUGCCUCCUUCAUUUGGGAAGAAUUUAAAAAGGGUUUUCAUGAGAAGUAUUUUCCCCAGGGUAUCCGAUUCCAGAAAUAUAGGAAGUUUGACCGAUUGGAGCAGGGUGAUAUGACAGUUGCCCAGUAUGCAGCAAAGUUUGAAGAGAUGUCUCAAUAUGCUCCGACCUUGAUAUCAGAGGAUAGUGACCGAGCAAGAAAAUUUGAAAAUGGACUCAGGAGACGGAUUCAACAACAAGUCGCUGCUUUUGAAUUGUCUAGUUAUAAAGAUGUGGUUAACAAAGCCCUGGUGAUAGAAAAAGGGCUUGACAAUGCCCAAGCUGCCAGAGAAAAGAAUAUGAAGAAAAGGUUUCGACCCACUGAUUCUCCAAGCUAA